CUUGUUUUCUCCAUCUGCCUUCUCAUUUUUCUGCCACUAUCCGCCUGUCGUUCCAGAUCUUAUCAAUUGAUCAAUUUGGUCCAUCUUCCCUGACUCAGCUUCAAUUGGUCAUCGUCAUAGUGUACGUUCCAGUCUAGUCCCUCCUCCUCCCCGACCAGAUGAACUAAUCGCUCUCCUUAGCUAAUCGCAAGUCCCCACCAUCGGAAAUCCGCCCCUCUUCGCCUCUUCGCCGUGCCAGAUUCUGAAAUAAUAAUUUAACCUGCCCUCCUCCCUCUCCUUCUCUCUCCCCUGACUCUCGGUCAAUUCUCUCGUCUCUUUUCCCCAACCCCGUUAACACCGGCAAUCUGUUUUCCUCCGCCUUUCGCCGAUUCCCUUUCUCUUCCAUCCGCUCCUCUCUUGGAUUGACUGCUGCUGCUGCAACUACCCUGCACAACCAGUCCCCUCCGUCUGCCUCGGUUCUAUCAAGUCCGCUCUCGACGCCACUGCGCGUCAAUUCCACCGUCAGAAUGGUUCACACUCCUGUAGUUAUCAUCGGCUCCGGCCCCGCCGCUCACACCGCCGCCGUCUACCUCUCGCGAGCGGAACUCAAGCCUGUCCUCUACGAGGGUAUGCUGGCCAACGGCACCGCCGCCGGUGGUCAGCUCACCACUACCACCGAUAUCGAGAACUUCCCCGGGUUUCCCGACGGCAUUGGUGGCGCGGAGCUGAUGGAGAACAUGCGCAAGCAAUCGAUCCGAUUCGGAACCGAGGUGAUCACCGAGACCAUCUCGAAGAUCGAUCUGUCCCAGAGACCCUUCAAGCUGUGGACUGAAUGGAACGACGGUCCUGACAACGAGCCCGCUCGCACUGCGGACGCCGUCAUCAUCGCCACUGGUGCCAACGCUCGCCGUCUGGACCUGCCCGGCGAGGAGAAAUACUGGCAGAACGGUAUCAGUGCUUGCGCCGUCUGCGACGGUGCCGUGCCCAUCUUCCGCAACAAGCCCCUGUACGUCAUCGGUGGUGGUGACUCCGCUGCCGAGGAGGCCAUGUUCCUGGCCAAGUACGGCAGCCAUGUCACCGUCCUGGUCCGUCGCGAGAAGUUGCGCGCCAGCAAGGCCAUGGCCAACCGUCUGCUUGCCCACCCCAAGGUCACUGUUCGCUUCAACUCCGUGGCCACCGAGGUCCUCGGUGAGGACAAGCCCAUGGGUUUGAUGACCAACCUGCGCGUCAAGAACACUGUCACCGGCGAGGAGGAGGUCGUGGACGCCAACGGUCUCUUCUACGCCGUCGGUCACGACCCCGCCACUGCCCUGGUCAAGGGCCAGCUCGAUCUCGACGAGGAUGGAUACGUCAUCACCAAGCCCGGUACCAGCUACACCAGCCUCGACGGUGUCUUCGCUUGCGGUGACGUCCAGGACAAGCGUUACCGCCAGGCCAUCACCAGUGCCGGUUCCGGCUGUAUGGCCGCUCUCGACGCCGAGAAGUUCAUCGCUGAGCGCGAGUCUCCUGAAGAAGAGCCCGUCAACGAAACCAAGACCGACACCGAGGGCACCGGGGCCGAAUACAAGUCCAACCCUCUUCUCUAA